AUGGAAAUAGUUUAUGAUAGUGUUUCCGCUGCCAGUACUUCUGAUGUUCAAGAUCGCCUCUCAGCUCUUGAGUUACGAGUUCAACAACAAGAAGAUGAAAUCACUGUGCUAAAGGCAGCUUUGGCUGAUGUUUUAAGACGUCUUGCAAUCUCUGAAGAUCAUGUGGCCUCAGUGAAAAAAUCAGUCCCAAGUAAAGGCCAGCCAGGCCUUCGAGAAGCUAUUUCCAUGUCCUGUAUAACCAAUGGAAGUGGUGCAAACAGGAAACCAAGUCACACCAGCUCUGUCUCAGUUGCAAGAAAAGAAACACUUUCAUCUGCUGCUAAAAGCAUAAGACGACCACCAACAGCUGAAAAGUCACAGAAUUCAUGGGAAAAUUCAGAUGAUAGUCGUAAUAAAUUAUUGAGAAUAGCUUCAACAUCAAAAUUAAUAUCAAAAGUUAUAAAAAAUACAGAUAAGCAUAAAGAUGUCAUCAUCAACCAAGCAAAAAUGUCAACCCGUGAAAAAAACAGCCAAGAAGGAGAAUAUAUUAAAAUGUUUAUGCGAGGUCGGCCAAUUACAAUGUUCAUUCCAUCUGAUGUUGACAACUAUGAUGACAUCAGAACAGAACUGCCUCCUGAGAAGCUCAAACUGGAGUGGGCAUAUGGUUAUCGAGGAAAAGACUGUCGAGCAAAUAUUUACCUUCUUCCUACUGGGGAAAUAGUUUAUUUCAUUGCAUCAGUAGUAGUACUAUUUAAUUAUGAGGAGAGAACUCAGCGACACUACCUGGGUCACACUGACUGUGUAAAAUGGUUGGUNNNACAUCCUGACAAAAUAAGGAUUGCAACUGGACAGAUAGCUGGAGUAGAUAAAGAUGGAAGGCCUUUGCAACCGCAUGUCAGAGUAUGGGAUUCAGUUAGUCUGUCCACACUGCAAAUUAUUGGACUUGGAACUUUUGAGCGUGGAGUAGGAUGCCUGAAUUUUUCAAAAGCAGAUUCAGGUAUUCAUUUAUGUGUUAUUGAUGACUCCAAUGAACAUAUGCUUACUGUAUGGGACUGGCAGAAAAAAUCAAAAGGAGCAGAAAUAAAGACAACAAAUGAAGUUGUUUUGGCUGUGGAAUUCCACCCAACCGAUGCAAAUACCAUAAUAACAUGUGGUAAAUCUCAUAUUUUUUUCUGGACCUGGAGUGGCAAUUCACUAACAAGAAAACAGGGAAUUUUUGGGAAAUAUGAAAAACCAAAAUUUGUGCAGUGUUUAGCAUUCUUGGGGAAUGGAGAUGUUCUUACUGGAGACUCAGGUGGAGUCAUGCUUAUAUGGAGCAAAGCUACUGUAGAGCCCUCACCUGGAAAAGGACCUAAAGGUGUAUAUCAAAUCAGCAAACAAAUCAAAGCUCAUGAUGGCAGUGUGUUCACACUUUGUCAGAUGAGAAAUGGGAUGUUAUUAACUGGAGGAGGGAAAGACAGAAAAAUAAUUCUGUGGGAUCAUGAUCUGAAUCCUGAAAGAGAAAUAGAGGUUCCUGAUCAGUAUGGCACAAUCAGAGCUGUAGCAGAAGGAAAGGCAGAUCAAUUUUUAGUAGGCACAUCACGAAACUUUAUUUUACGGGGAACAUUUAAUGAUGGCUUCCAAAUAGAAGUACAGGGUCAUACAGAUGAGCUUUGGGGUCUUGCCACACACCCCUUCAAAGAUUUGCUCUUGACAUGUGCUCAGGACAGGCAGGUGUGCAUGUGGAACUCAGUGGAACACAGGCUGGAAUGGACCAGGCUCGUAGAUGAACCAGGACACUGUGCAGAUUUUCAUCCAAGUGGCACAGUGGUGGCCAUAGGAACGCACUCAGGCAGGUGGUUUGUUCUGGAUGCAGAAACCAGAGAUCUAGUUUCUAUCCACACAGACGGGAAUGAACAGCUCUCUGUGAUGCGCUACUCACUAGAUGGUACCUUCCUGGCUGUAGGAUCUCAUGACAACUUUAUUUACCUCUAUGUAGUCUCAGAAAAUGGAAGAAAAUAUAGCAGAUAUGGAAAGUGCACUGGACAUUCCAGCUACAUCACACACCUUGACUGGUCCCCAGACAACAAGUAUAUAAUGUCUAACUCGGGAGAUUAUGAGAUACUGUACUGGGACAUUCCAAGUGGCUGCAAACUAAUCAGGAAUCGAUCAGAUUGCAAGGACAUUGACUGGACGACAUAUACCUGUGUACUAGGCUUUCAAGUCUUUGGUGUCUGGCCAGAAGGAUCCGAUGGGACAGAUAUCAACGCACUGGUGCGAUCCCACAAUAGAAAAGUGAUAGCUGUUGCUGAUGACUUUUGUAAAGUCCAUCUGUUUCAGUAUCCCUGCUCCAAAGCAAAGGCUCCCAGUCACAAGUACAGUGCCCACAGCAGCCAUGUCACCAAUGUCAGUUUUACUCAUAAUGACAGUCACCUGAUUUCUACUGGUGGAAAAGACAUGAGCAUCAUCCAGUGGAAACUUGUGGAAAAGUUAUCUUUGCCUCAGAAUGAGAUUACAGCGGAUGCUAUAACCAAAGCCCCCAUCUCUUCUGUUGAAAGUGUCAUCCAAUCUAAUACUCCCACACCACCUCCUUCCCAGCCCUUAAAUGAGACAGCUGAAGAAGAAAGUAGGAUAAACAAUUCUCCCACACUUCUGGAGAACAGCCUGGAACAGACUGUGGAGCCAAGUGAAGACCACAGCGAAGAGCAGAGUGAAGUGGGUAGAGAAGGCCUCCGUGAGCUUGUUUGUCAAGAGCCACCCAGUGACAUGAGUGAGGACCAGCAGGACCCGUCCGCCCUAUCCUAACACCGUGGCUUCCGUGUGACUCUCUUCAUCUGCAUGUGAUUUUGUGAUCAAGUUCAGAUAACACGAUGGGCAGUGAUAGAGAAUCUCUGUUAAUUGAGAUUUUGGUUUCCAUGUGAUCUGCUUUCAUCGAUAGUCUUAUCUCCAGUUUCUCAAAUGCAGCCAACCUAAAGGUUCAGUUUGGAGUGCAUUGAAAAUUAACCAAACUUAGUAGUAGAAGACUGAAACAUUUAUUAUGUCUCAGAAAUUACUGUGUUUGUAAGUGGUAUGAUGUGAAUGCUGGAAACAAAAAUAGCAGUUGUGGUGAUUGAAAUAAACUCCCUUGUUAUCCGAACAUGUUUUCUUCAGGAACAACCAGAGGCAUCACAAACACUGUUACUCAUCUACUGGCUCAGACUGUCCUCCUUUUUUCCCUGAUGCAGAAAAAGAAACCAGAAAAAAAAUGCGCUCUUAUUGAGAUACUCUUCCCAUCCCAAAUGUUUAAUGGAAUUUUUUUUUUAAUUAAGAAAAACUUCAGUAUUGCCAAGUGCAGUGGUGUUGCCUUCUUAAAUAUUAAUGUUGUUUUCUUACACUACUAGUAGAUGUGCAAAUGUGCUUGUUAGUCUACUAUAUAGGUGCUGCCUUUUCUAAGUCAUAAUGAGGAACAGUCCCUUAAUUUCUUGUGUGCAAACCUGUUUUAUCCUAGAACUAAGAGAGCAUUGGUUUGUUAAAGAGCUUUUAAUGUAUAUUAAACCAUUGAUACUCAAAAAUGAUGGAUUCCUUCAAGGAGUCCUUUACUGGCCUAAACAUUCUCUGAUGUUUGGCAUUCAAGUGAAUGGAAGAAAAAAAAACCACAUGCCUUUAAAACUAAACUGUAAUAAUUAUACGGCUAAUUUUAGCUUAGCCUUCAUCUAAGCUAAUUUGUUUCCUCAAUAAUAGGAGAAA